CGAUAAUGCCGAAUAGGUGCUGCAUUGCAAAUUGCAAAAAUACUAAGGAAGACGGGUAUCAUUUAUUUCAUUUUCCGAUAAAGCGUCCAGACGUUUUGCGAAUGUGGAUUAAUGCAAUCGGAAGAGAUUUUAUACCUACAAAAAGCCACAUAAUCUGUAGUGCUCAUUUUGUAGCUACAGAUAUCAUGGAAAAAGCUAACGCAAGCAGUGUCCUUUUAAAAAAUCUGGCUGUGCCAUCGAUAUUUAUGAGGGCUCCUGCUUAUGAUGGCUACUCCUGUGAUGGAAUAUGUCACUACUCCAGUUCCUACAUCUGCUGUGACUACAAUGCAAUGCAAUGUGUCUACAAUUGUAAGGACGAGUUUGAAAACGAAAGAAGAUAACACAACAGUUCUUGCUUCAAUUUCAUCAUUGAGAAUGCAACCUACAAGUGUUACUGGUGGUGGUACUGCGAAACUACCCAAGCAAAAGCUGAGAACAGUUAUAAGCAGUUCACUUUUACGUAAGAAGAAGCAGGAAAUGAGCCUACAGGAAAAGCACAUGAUGAGAAUAAUUAAAACAAUGAAGCAGAAGCUCAAGAGAAAAGAAAAAAAAAAUAAAUUUGUUAGAGAAUCUAUUAAAAACUCUACGAUAUAAGUAACAAUUAUCCAGCAAAAAAGAAAUAACACAGUUAUAUAACUGUUACUUAUAAUUUCCCAUUCAACAAUAUAAGUGCAAUAUGAUAUGUGUUAGGCAACGGAUAUAUUGUUAAAUGAGACAUCAUAACCAACAGUAUAACCAACAGUAUUACUUUGUGUUUUGUGCUGUUUGUGUGCUGGGUAUAAUGUAUAUAUAGCUUUAUGCAGAUAAGGAGAAAUAUGAAAAUAUUGAGAAAUAUCCAUAUUGUAAUAACGUUAAAAAAAACAAACUUGAAGACAACUUAGGGUAAAGGGCACAACUUGAAUGUGUGGUACCGAAAAAACUCGCAUUCAGUGUGCACUAGUGCAAGCAUCCGAGUUUGUUAUUAAUACACCAGUUCAGCAGUGCAGCCAAAAAAAAUAGGCUAAGAACAGACGAUAGUUUAGCAUUUAAUGUAGAAAACCUCAAAUAAUCAACGAUGGUUAUCAAAGAGCAUAUUCGAAACGCAAUGCAUCUCGUAUUUCAUUCAACAAAAACGCUUCUGAAGCAGCCAAAAUAAUUUAUGCAGCUUAUGGUAAAAAUGCUGUGACCGACCGCACGUGCCAAAAUUGAUUUGAACGUUUUCGAAGUGGUAAUUUUGAUCUUUACGACCAAUCACGUACCGAUCGGCUAAAAAAGUUUAAAAACGGAAUUGCAAAAUCUACUGUAUGAAAAUACA